AUGGUCGUAUCGCCGCCCGAGACGACCGCACCCGACUCUGCGACGCGGUUCGUGGACAUAUCCGCGCCCAUCAAGCAGGGCGCCCAGACGGACCCGCCCAAAUGCGCGCCGAACGUGUCCUACACCAACCACUCUUCACCCGCUCCACCGGAACUCGACGCGCUCUUCCCCGGACUGCGUCUCGGAGAUCUGCCCGGCGGGGACCUGUGGGCGCUCGAGCGCGUCGAGAUGUGCACGCACUCCGGGACGCACAUCGACGCGCCGUGGCACUACAGCGCCACGAUGGCGGACGGCUCGAAGCCGAUGACGAUCGCGGAGGUUCCACUGGACUGGUUCCACGGCCGAGGCGUCAAGCUCGACUUUCGCGACGUUCCCGACGGUCACGUCGUCACCGCCGCGGAGAUACGGGCGAAACUGCGCGAGGUCGGACACGUGCUGUCGCCGGGGGACGUCGUGCUGAUGAACACCGCCGCGGGCGCCGCGAGGGGUGACGCGAAUUACAUUCACCGGGGGUGCGGCUUUGGCAGGGACGCCACGCUGUUCCUCACCGGCGAAGGCGUGAGACUCGUGGGCACGGACGCGUGGUCGUGGGACGCGCCCUUUAUCCACGUCGGACGCAGGUACGAGGAGACGAAGGACGCGUCGAUCGUGUGGGAGGGUCACAAGGCUGGGCGCGAGCGUCCGUACGUGCAGAUUGAAAAGUUGGCAAACCUGGACAAGUUGCCUUCGUUUGGUUUCGACGUCGCCGCUUUUCCGGUGGCGGUGGAGGGCGGGUCCGGGGGUUGGACGAGGGCGGUGGCGAUCCUCGACCGAUGA